GUUCAGCAGCCUGUUGAUCGGGAGCCGCAGUUGUCUCAUAAAGAGCCGGGAGAGUGUGAGAGGAAGAGUCUCUCUGUGCACAACAAACAAAACAAACAAACAAACAAACAAACAAAUUGUGUACUUUAGUUUUAAGUUUUAUUUUUCCUCCGUCCGGAAGUUAGACCGAUGUGUGAGCAGAAUGUCAGCCGGAGAUGAGGCGCUGCUGUCGGCGUUGAGCUGCGUGUCGACCCGCUCGGUCCCCGGUGCUUUAUUCAUCAUUCAGCACUAAAGCGAAUCUGCAGAGAGAGACAGACAGUGUGUGUUGCCCUCCUCGGGUCUGGCGGGACGCAGAUGGAAAAACAGAGUGGUGUUUGUGUUGACGGUCCGCCUGCGAUCAGAGGAGACGGCACAGCGAGAGGAGGAGACACACUGAGCUCCAUAUCCCAUCAGCCACCUGGGCGUCCUGCACUGAGAGAGCGAGGACAGAUGAAAGGGACUCCUUAAUAGUCUCAACGCCAGCUCUGUGAACCCGGACAUGUUGAGACCCCAAUGAUAGAAAUGUAUAGUAGGGGUCCGCAGCACAGAGGAACUGCUGGAGGCUGCCCUGUUUAUUCACACGCGAGGGUGCAUGAUGGGAUCUUUCCGGCGCCCUCGGCCUCGUUUCAUGAGUUCUCCGGUUCUGUCGGACCUCGCCCGGUUCCACGCCAGCUCCCCAUCGCUGCAGAUCUCCAACACCAGCGUGUGGAACAGAGUGCAGUCAGCCGUGAUGCAGGUGUUUCAGGGUUCAGCGCUGCAGACUAACGAGCUGUUCACGCUUAACGAGAGCAUCAGGUGGCUCCUGAAAACGGAGAUGGGCUCCUUCAUCACCGACUACUUUCAGAACCAGCUGCUGACCCGAGGUCUGUCUGAAGUUCUGGAUCAGGUUGUCUUUCAGUCGGGGGACGAGCAGCUCGCCGUCCUCGGGAACGUCUGGGACCGAUUCUUUACCGAGAUCCUCCCGACCCUGCAGGCAAUCUUCUACCCCGUACAGGGUCAGGAGUUGUCUGUGAGGCAGAUUUCUCUCUUGGCGUUCAGAGACCUCGUCCUGCUGAAGCUCCACCUGCAGGAGACUCUGAGUACUGCAGCCUGCGUCCCUGCAGCCGUCACACAGAUGCUGCUGGUGCUGCAGGGUGUCCACGACGCUGGCCCUCCGACGCUGGAGUUCUUUCAGCUGGAGCGCCUGGUGGAGGUCGUCGUGUCGCCGUACAUCAGCGAUGUCCUGCUGAUAAACCCCCUGCGGUCGUCGGGUUCCCAGUCGGAGGUCCGGGUGUCCUUGUCCCCCGCAGGCGACGCUGCGUCCCUCAGCCCUCUGAUGGAGCAGGAGGGCGAGGCCUACCUGGAAAAGACGGGCGGCGUCCGGCGUCACACGGUGGCCAACGUUCACUGCAACGCCCAGCUGCUGGGGGGGGAGGGAAGGGGAGUGGACUUCAUAGUGGGGGGGGGGGCCGAUGGCUCCCAGGACAUUUAUCAACCAACCGGAUGUAGGGGAGGCUCCGAUGGGGGGGGUGGUCCCCUGCAGAUAGAGACUGGAUGCAGAGCGGGAAUCUGCAGGGACAGGAAGUGA